AUGGCCUCCAACCCUCCCGGUGCCUGCUGUGCCUCUGGCUUCAAGCACGAAGGUGCUCCCACUGGCGAGCUUAAGAAGAUCGACGGAUUAAACACCUAUAUCGCCCACCCUAAGGAUAAGAACCCCGAAAAGGCUAUUAUCUUCCUGGCCGAUAUCUUCGGCAUCUACAUCAACGCCCAGCUUCUCGCCGACGAGUUCGCCAACAAUGGCUACCUGACUAUCAUUCCGGAUAUUUUCCGAGGCGACCAGAUCAGUCUCAGCGACAAGGAAUCUGGCAAGGUCGACCUACCUUCAUGGCUCCUCAACCACCAGCCCGCCAACAUUGAGCCUGUUAUUGAGUCGACUAUUAAGUACGCCCGUGAGACUCUCGGCGUUAAGAGGAUCGGUGCUGUUGGCUACUGCUUCGGCGGUAAGUACGUCUGCCGCAACCUCAAGCCCGGCCAGAUUGAUGUCGGUUACACUGCGCACCCCUCGUUCAUCACCAGCGAGGAGCUCAGCGCCGUCAAGGGCCCCUUCUCAAUCUCCGCUGCUGAGACCGACUCGAUCUUCACUACCCAGCUUCGUCAUGAAUCCGAAGAGAUUCUUAUCAAGGCUGCCCAGCCGUGGCAGAUCAACCUGUUCAGCGGUGUCAGCCACGGCUUCGCUGUGCGCGCCGAUCUGAGCGACCCCAAGCAGAAGUGGGCUAAGGAACAGGCCUUCUGUCAGGCCGUUGCCUGGUUCAACCAGCACCUGUAA